AUGGCGGAACAACAAGCUGCGCACUAUAGAGGACCCGGAAGAUGGAAUGGCCAUGCUGAAAGAAUGGGGCCUUUGGAACACGCUGGAAAGUGGACAUCCGACAACGAUCGCAAGAACCUCCCCGAUGUCGACCCGCCCCGAAUGGAAAAUGGUGGGAGAAUCCCCAC